AUGAUUUUAGAGAGAGAAAUUAAUCGAAAUAAAUUAGCAAUAAUUGAUUCAGAAAAAGAUAAAUUGAUUGAACGUAAUUCAGGUUAUUACGAUGUUAACCAUAAAUUUAAUGAAGAGCAAUUACGUUAUUUGGUCUCACUAUAUCCAUUACAAGUAGAUUCACAACAAUAUCCGAAAAACAAAGAAUUGUGUGCAGCUGGAAAGACAUGUCUAUUUGCUGCAACACGGUAUGAUGAACACCCGUAUCUUGAAUAUAGCGUAAAGAAAGAUGCUGCUUUCUGCUUUACAUGUCGAUUGUUUGCUGAAGGUUAA